AUGUCUGCCCCAUCAUCAGCCCACUACGACCCAAGAGUCGCUGCCCUCUUGCAAAAUACCUUCGGAGACUAUAUGACGAAACCGACCAUUGUAGGUGAAUGCUCAUGCAGCUAUGCCCUAAACGUUUUUCUCGGAUUGAUGUUAUUCAAUGUGAUGAUAUACCUGUCCUACGUCGUCGGUAAAAAGGAAAUUUUCCAAAAACUUAAAUACCACGGAUAUUAUUAA